AUGGCCAGUUCUGCGAUUCAAGCGAAGGAACGCGUACGCACAACCGUAACUGCUCCCAACAAGCAGAACGCAAUCUGCAAGAAGAGGUCCACGUGGGAAGUCAUCAGCGAGAACGAAGACUUCAAAGGCCUUUCAAGGCCAGACAUGUCCAAGCACAUCGAGGUUUCAUUCGAAGAGACGCAGCAGAGAGAGGAUCUACCCCAGCGGGUUGUCUUGGUUCUUGACGUCUCGGGCAGCAUGGACGACAUGAAUCGGUUGACGUUCCUGAAAGAGGCAGCGACCCGAUACAUCCAGGAUAUUGCGGAUGGCUCGAAACGGCUGGCUAUAGUUACGUUCAGUACGACAGGAACCGUCCACCACACUAUGAUGCCAGUAAACGUCAACACCAGGCAGGGUUUUUUGAAUGCGGUCAAGCAGUUGCAGACGAUCGGGUGGACGUGCAUUGAAAACGAGACGCCCUCAUUAAAAGACGUUCUGCCAGAGUUGAUGGCAGCCAAGGUGGAAGUGAGCACGAUGGCGCUGGGGGCAUCAGCCGAUAGUCAGAUUGAAAAGUUGGCAACACUCAGCGGCGGAAAAGCGUUCUUCUUUGAAGACCUCCAGGGAAACACGGCGGUCGCCAUGGAGACAGCCUUCGUGGAAAGCACCACCACGCAGGCCGCCGCAGACAAGGAUUACAUCAGGCUCAAAGAUGUCGAAAAGACUUUGACGACCAAAUUGGAGGAACAGUUCAUGCUCGAAGCAUCUCUGGGUAACAACACCGUCGUCAUCGUUGACCAAGUGAGUUCCACAUCCACUGACAUCUCAGUGACCCUCAUCGAUCCCCGCGGUCAAAAAUGCAAGAUGUGCGUAGAAAUUGGGGACAAGAAAACCAAGAAAGUCAUCAUACCCAGCCCGGCGCAGCCUGGCGUGUGGACGAUUCGCGUGGAGAGCUCCAUCUCGCAAAAGGCCGAGGUAAACAUCCAAGUCAAGUCCCAAGGCAAGGAUCCCAACAGCGAGCCGAUUCGAGUCGACUGUCGAAUGGGUAGCCUGCAAGUUGGGAAGCCUAACGAAGCCAUCAUAUACGCCAACGUGUACAAGGGCAAGAAGAUUGUCCUCGACGCCACGGUGGUUGCCGAGGUGACUGGCCCCAACCCACCACACAAGUCUACGGUACCACUUCACGACGACGGUCGCGAACCCGACAUCGAAGCCAAUGAUGGAACUUACAGCGGGUACUUUGUCCAGUUCACUGGCAAAGGCAGGUACACCGUCACGGCUCACGUUUCGAGCGAUCACAGGGCCCGAGUGAGCGAUCCGAAGAUUGGCUCCGGUAGCUUCUACAGCACCACUAUGUUUUCCCUGUCAUCUGGUAAGCGGCGCUCAUGCAUCCAUUGA